AUGAUCGCUAGAAUUGGUUUACGCGCUAAUAACUCAAACUGCCUUAGGGCGUUUGUGCAGCCAGCAGCAGCAGCCACCAGACUCGGCAACACACUUAAGAGCCCCUCAAAGCUGAUACACACACAGAAACUCAACGAAUCAGAAAAUCUCGCCCUCCUCAACCACCAAAGAAAUCUCAGACCUUCUUCCCCACAUUUCACUAUCUACCAGCCACAACUUACUUGGGUUGCUUCUAUUGCCAACAGAGUCACUGGCGUUGGUCUCUCUGCGGGUAUCUACGCCUUCGCUAUUGGAUACGUAACCCUGCCUUUAGCUGGCGCUGGAUUUGACAGCCAGUCUCUUAUCGAAAUCACCCAAUCUGCUCCUGUCUGGCUUAAGGCUUUGGUCAAGGUACCUAUCGCCGCUGCCUUCUCUUUCCACUCUCUCAACGGCAUUAGACAUUUGUUAUGGGAUACCGGCAGAUUCUUAACCCUCAAAGGCGCUUACCAAACUGGAUACGCCGUACUUGGUCUCACUGCUGUGUCUACAAUUGGCUUGAUGUUACUCUGA